AUGUGUGACAGUUUAACAAAGCACGUUAAACUCCUUAAUCUGAUGUUAGUAACACUUGACGUUGCUUCUGGUGUCAAAUGCAGUACACCGCCUAAUGUAGACAACAGCAGGUGGGAUGGCUGCGAGAUGUCUUAUAAAAGUAACUGUACUUUGUUGUGUCACAAAGGAUACCACGUUGAAGGAAUUAAAACUAUCACUUGUCAAGCAAAUCGACAAUGGACAACACCGGGAAAUUGUGUUGUAAAUUUAUGCCAAACAUUAGGCACAGCAAAUGGUUUAUGGCAAUAUAGCAGCAGUACCACAGGUAAAUUGAAAUGUAGAAGUGGAUAUAAAGUUGAAGGGAAUAAAGCUAUCGAUUGCCAAGAAAAUGGACAAUGGACAAUACCGGGUCGAUGUGUAGAAUUGGAUUGUAAAACACCACAAACAGUAGUAAAUGGUGAAUGGAGAUUUUGCAACCAAAGAACAUGUCAUUUGAAUUGUAAAAAAGGAUUUAAAUUGGAAGGGAGGGAAAUUAUCAAUUGCCAAGAUGAUGAAACGUGGUCAUCUCCGGGUCAAUGUGAAGAACUAGGUUGUAAAACACCACCAACAGUAGUAAAUGGUGUAUGGGCGCUUUGCAACCAAAGCACAUGUCACUUGAAUUGUAGAAGAGGAUAUAAACUUAAAGGGAGUGAAAUUAUCAAAUGCCAAGAUAAUGAAACGUGGACAUUACCAGGUAGAUGCAUAGAAACUAAAUGUAAAACGCCACAAACAUUAGAAAAUGGAAAAUGGAGGUUUUGCAACGGUACCACAUGUCAUUUGAAAUGUAGAAGAGGAUAUAAAGUUGAAGGGAAUGCAAUUAUAAAAUGCCAAGAUAAUGAAGAGUGGUCACUACCAGGUAGAUGCAUAGAUGCAAUGGCUGAGAAUGGGUGUAUAGAAGGUUGGUUUGGACCCAAUUGUUAUUACAAUAUAGAUACUGGUAGCAUCCGUAUUCCAGAUGUUGACAGAGGUCGCGGUGAUCCCCAAAGCGUCAUUGCAGUUGGCAUGAGCGUCGAAGGCAACGGACCAUGA